UUUAUUUAAAAAUUUAUUACAAGGCAUUUGUUUAAUCUUUGACACAAAAUGGGGCUAUUUUAGCCAAGUCCCUUUGAAAAAUAUAGCAAUGGAAUCCACUUGUUUUCUUUUUACAAAUCCACUUUACGUUUCGAUUUUCCUAAAAAAAAAAAAGACAGUUGGAUAAAUAUCCUUCUGAGUUGGGAGAACUUUCCAAAAAUAACUAUGCGAACCAAAUAGGGCCAUAUAUUAUUCUCCGCCAUUAUUUCCUUUAUUCUGGAAAUAACACUAUUUAUAUAUAUAUAUGGUAAAUGUAUAUAUAAACUCCUUCACUUCGUAGACUCUCUACGUACGUACCCAUUUCCAUUCUUCCUCGUCUGUCGUCUACACCAUGUCCUCCCUCAUCUUCCUCUCUCUCCUCUUCUUAUCCUACACAUCCGCCGACAUUGAACCGCCUCCAUCAACGCCAUCACCAGUCGCUGCUCCUCCCGCCAUCAUCCAGCAGGCCUGUAAAGCCACCCGUUUUCCAGAAUCAUGCCAGACCACGCUGGCCGAGCCUGGUCGGCUGGGACCCAAGCCGACUCCUGUUCAGGUUAUCCAGGCGGCGUUAAAGGUCUCGUCAGACAAUCUCCAUAAGGCGAAUACAAUGGUCGAGUCCAUCGCCAAGUCAUCGGGUGAUAGCUUGAAUCGGACAAAGGCCACGAAGAACUGCCAGGAGCUGUUACGUUACUCUGACUACCGCAUAUCUCUGGCCAAUUCUGCGUUGCCAAGUGGAAAGAAGAAGGACGCCCGGGCGUGGAUGAGCGCAGCGCUGCUGUACCAGUACGACUGCUGGUCUGCGCUCAAGUACGCGAACGAUACCCAAUUGGUGAACCAGACGAUGUCGUUUGUGAAUUCCUUGACCGAACUUUCCAGCAAUGCGCUGAGCAUGAUGAUGUCUUACGACGACAACGGAGACGACAUGUCCACGUGGACCCCACCCAAAACAGAGCGAGACGGAUUUUGGGGGAGAGGUUCCGACUGUGGGUCAGAGCUUGGAUCCCGGGGCGGGUUCCCGUCGAAAUUGACGGUGGAUGUGAAGGUGUGUAAAGACGGGAAAGAUGGGUGUUACAAGACGGUGCAGGAGGCCGUUAAUGCUGCGCCCAAUCUCGGCGUUAAAAGGUUCGUGAUCCACAUAAUGGCUGGGGUUUAUGAAGAGACGGUGAGGGUCCCGCUUGAGAAGAAAAACGUUGUGUUUUUAGGGGACGGAAUUGGCAAAACUGUUAUUACCGGGUCAUUGAAUGCGGGCCUCCUGGGAGUUACCACCUAUGAUAGUGCCACAGUUGGUGUUGUCGGUGAUGGGUUCAUGGCCAGUGGCAUAACAUUCCAAAACAAAGGUGGAGUUGAUGCACACCAAGCUGUAGCAUUCAGAUCAGACAGCGAUCGUUCAGUGAUUGAGAAUUGUGAGUUCUUAGGCAACCAGGACACUCUCUACGCUCACUCACUUCGCCAAUUCUACAAAUCAUGCCGCAUCCAAGGCAACGUAGACUUCAUAUUCGGAAACUCUGCUUCCAUUUUCCAGGACUGCCACAUCUUAAUCGCGCCGCGACAAGCCGAUCCCGAGAAAGGCGAGAAGAACGCAGUGACCGCGCACGGCAGGAAGGACCCUGCACAGUCUACUGGCUUUGUUUUCCAGAAUUGCUCAAUCAAUGGCACUGAAGAAUACGUGAGGUUGUAUAAGAGCAACAGUACAUUGCACAUAAACUUCUUGGGAAGGCCAUGGAAAGAGUAUUCGAGAACAGUUUUCAUACGCUGUAACAUGGAACAGCUAAUCACGGCUCAAGGAUGGAUGGAAUGGGAUGCGGAUUUUGCUUUGAAAACACUGUUCUAUGGCGAAUUUCAAAACACUGGACCUGGGUCGGACUUGUCCCAGAGAGUACCGUGGAGUAGCCGAAUUCCAGCUGAGCACGCUAACACAUAUUCAGUUCAAAACUUCAUCCAAGGAUAUGACUGGAUUCCUAGAAAUUAAUAAUAGGAGAUCCAUUUCAAAUAUCUAUACCCAAAUUUAAUUCAGACACCCUUCAAAAAAAUAAAGAAAUUAAUUAAUUCAGACCUUCAUUUAGGAAAAUAGUUAGUCAUGGUUUGAAGAUUAAUUUUGAGAGUCCAAAUUGUUACUAGUUUAUAUUUAGUCAUUUUUUCUUAAAUACACAUUUGCCUUUUGUUUUUUUUUUUGUUUUACUUUUUUACUAUUUUUUUUUUUUUUUUAAAUACGCACCCAAAUUUUCAAAGUUUCAUAAUUACGAAAAUACAAAUUUUAGGUAAAAUAACAAAAAAAUCAACUUGAAAGCAAUUUGAAAACACCUCACUGGACCAACUAAACAUCAACAAACAAAAAAUCUAAAAACAACGUGAAAAUAAAAAAAAAAACUAAACACAAUGUGAAAAUACAAGAAAAAAAACAUAAAAACAACGUGAAAACAAUUUGAAAACAACAAAAAAAAAGGCAAAAAUGUAAAAAUUUUAUUAAAACCGUAAAAUUGAAAAAAUAUAUAUAUUUGACCGUAAAAACGUAAUUUUUUUUAGCCAAAAUUAGUAUUUUAUGUAAUUUUCUCUUAUAUUUAUACAUAUUUAACGCAAAAAUAACAAAACCCUUCAAACAAUUUUUAUUUAGGGAAAUUUGAGGCAAAAAGAUUUUAUUUAUGCAUUA